UUAUUGUUAGUUUGUUAUCUUUCUAUUUGUGUUCCAUUCCGUGAUUUACGGAGGGUAUAAGGAUCGCGUAUUGAAAAAGCAUAACAAGAAAAGUAUUAUCUACAAAAAAAAGCAGGGGCAAAAAUGAGUCAUGAGAUAGAACACUUUAAAAAAUACGCAUCAGAAUACAAUCCAAUUACAAUAGGCUCAAUUGAUGGCACAGAUAACCUACCUCACGACCGAGCGAUCGCGCGGGCUUUGCGCGCUCGUUACAAGCCCAACAAGCAAGUGAAGGGCAAUCCUCGGCACACGGUGUUUAUUGGCCGGCUUAAUCCUAGAACCACACAGGAUACAAUUCAAUCUGAAUUUUCAAAAUUUGGAAAAGUCAUGUACUGUUGUUUAGUUAAAGACAUUGUGACGGGAAAAUCUAAGCAAUAUGCUUUCGUGGAAUAUGAAACUUCAACAAGUGUGGAAAAUGCAUUGAGAGAAAUGCAUAAAGAAUAUAUAGAUGGAUCGGAAAUAAUUGUGGAGAGAGAGGCAGAGCGGAGUUUAGUGGGCUGGGUGCCGCGGCGCCUCGGCGGAGGCUUCGGUGGGCGCAAGGAGGCCGGUCAGCUGCGGUUCGGUUGCAGAGACCGCCCAUUCCACAAGCCUAUCAUUAUUAAACACAGUAAUGAAGGAGUCAGGAAUGAGAAAUAGUUUGGAUAACAAAAUAUUAUUAAAAUUAAAAAUGGUUGACUCUCAUUGGCUGUGAGGUGUCAAAUUAGAACUACAAAAGGAGAGCAUGGCAGUAAUAUAAUUUCAAUAAUGAAGAAGCUCCAUAAAUGAUGUGUAAUGAUUGGAU